GCAGUGGCGGUGGCCAAGAGGCUGCUGCUCCCUUCUGAAGGUCUUCUCCGUGGUCGUGCAGGAACUUCUGGUUAUCUUCUGAUGUUUUAAUCUUAAUUUUCUUUCCUUUAAAAUUAAAAGAUAAACCUUGGGGAAACUCCCACCUAUAUGGAAUCGCGUUUCCUCUCAGUAGUCUUGCUAGGUCUGUAUAUGUGGCUCUGAGAUCCAAAAGUUGUUUAGGAAUAUCUCUAUAAAAUUCUGCUCUUUUGCCUUGGAUAUCAAGUGAUUUCUUAAAGUGGAGGCCUAGUAUUUUAUCUCUCUCCUGCUUGGAUCUCAAAAUAAUCAAACAGUCUCUGGGCUUGUCCCUCCUCACGACUCUUCCUAAUCUGAACGCAGUUGUGAUCUUGAAAUCUUUGUCCUCUUCUAUACCCCAGAACUUGGAAAAUUCUGCUGUCAGAUAACCAAUUAAAUCUUCCUGUUCAAGCUCUGGGAUAGCUCUUAAUCUCAGAUUGUUUUCCCGGUUUCUCAAUUCCACCAUAGACAGGUAAGCCUGCUGAUCACUAAUGUGCUUGUGUAGUGGCCUUACCUCCCUUUUAUAGCCUCAACUUUUUGAUUUGCUUGUUCUGCUUUUUCAUUGGCUGCUUCAGCCAGUCUCCGAUUUUCCACAGUUGCUUCCUUGAGAUUCCCAAUAACUUGUGUAUGUUGUGCAACUUGGUCAGACAAUUUAGUAAUAGAGGAUGUGGCUUGAUCUAUUUUUGCCGAUUGGUCAUCCACCUUCUUGUUCAAUAUUGCAAAUUGUUCUAACAUUUGUUGUAAGAAGGUAUCUGAUCCUCCCUCUGCCAUAUCCUCUGAUGCAGGCUGUGCAGUUUCCUUUUCUUGUACUCCCAAAACAGCUGGGACAGAUGAUCUACGUGACUGAGUAGUCAAAGUUGUUUGCACAAGUUGGGCUUGUCUUGCUUUCGUUUUCGCAGAUCUUGUUUUCGGUUGGCCACUCAUUCCACACCUGUCUAUGAGUCAAGGUCAAGCUGUAUAUUGUCCCAUGGGAAGGACAGUUCCAAAGUGUAAAUAACAGAGCAGCAGAUAGUCCAAAUAAAAUUUGUUCCCAGGCACUUGUAAUUCCAGAACUCCACUAGGGGAGUAUUACUGUAGUUCAUAGAAAGGAAAGAACUUUAUCCGCCAUUAAAGUCCCUGCAGCCUCAAAACAGUCUAAUUUACCAAAAGUUCUUCAUAAACUUUUUUAGCUUACAGAGCAUCCCAAGCUACCACAAAGUCUCAGAUAAAAGGUGCCAAUAACAGUUUAUUUAAUUGUAUCUUGCCAGUAUCACUCAACUGUAACAGUCUCUAUUUUGGAUACAGUUUCCGCAAUGACAGCUCUCUUUUUUCCUGUCAGUCCGAGGUUUGGUUCUUAAUUCUUUAUAAUCCAUAAAGGGGAGGAAAGUCCCAUUUAAAGUCCAAAACACUUAGAAAUAAAAAUCUUUUCUCCUUCUUUUUAAAAGCCAAUUCUAUCAACACGAUAGUCCCAAAUUUAUAAUCUUUUAAAGCUGCUUCCCGCUUGUUAAAAUCUUUGCCUUUGAUCUUUAAAGCACUGCCGGAAGACGGACUUCCUGUUUAUCGUCUCCCGCUUUCAGCCAAAUUUAACACUUUUAGUCCCAAAAUGAUUGAUCCUUACUCACGAGUAGGUAGUUUAGAGCCUGAUGUUCCAAGAAGAAAGGUCGGCGCUCAUCAGCAGCAGCCGCGCGGCUUCGCUCCCGCAGAAAGAGCGAUGAACUCACAGCACCGCUCCCCUUCCACGUUUCCGGAGCCCCUACGGGGUUCCUUCUUCGCUUUUGGGGUCGCUCCUGGUGCCCGCCGAGUCCCACGGCCACGGGCUCACUCUGCCCGUGGUUUUUCUUAAUGGGUCACCGCUGUGCCGCAGCGGACGACCCUUUUCUGCGGAGCCCCUCUUCAGAGACCGAAGAGGACCGCCAUUGCCGUUUCGCGCCGCCUCCAGGAAGUUUUCAUCCAUACAGAUUAUAAUUCAUUCAGAAAAUCUGAAAACAAACAAACAAAUGGAUGCAAUAUUGUAAAGGAAGAGGUAAUGACUUAGUAUCCCACAAAAUACUGGAAUAUUCCUUAGGCCUGCAUUAAUUACUUGCAUUUCUAGUCUGAUGUUGUGAUCCUGAGGGCAAUAACUUUUUGAAGAUGUGGGAAUGUUUUCUUGUAAACAUGGUAUGUAUGAAGGUAAUCACCAUGCUUUAGAUACCCAUACACAAUCUGAAUGGUAUAGACAUGGGGGUUCUUAUGUAAUCAUGCUUCACAUUCAUUUCUACUCAGAGGACAAAUCCAGAAUCUUAGUGCAUACACUGAGUAUCUGUUUACACUAACCUUACAAGCAAACCUAUAUACAUCAGAGACCUCAGAUCCUAAAUAUAUCAAUGAAUAAAAAUGAAUGUAUUUGUGAAAAGAAUCAAUACAUUGCUUUGGCCUCUGAGUCACUUUCAGAAUUCAUUUCUGAGUCACUUUCAGAAUUUGUGCAUUUUAUAUGGGUCUACAUACUACCAGUUCACCAAUAAUAAAAUCCAUAUUAGGACAAUACCUUUAUUAGGCAAACAAACAUAUAAAAUCACAAGAGAGUAUGUAAGCUUUUGAAUUCUGCAGAACACUUCAUUGGAUGGUAAACAAAGCAGGAGCAAAGCAGGGAUUGGCUGGUAGUGUAGCAAUUUUCAUCUGAUAAAAGACUAAAGGUGGGCAGGCCAGUCUUCCUCUUAUAUACCUGCUGGGAUUGACAAGGCAUAUGACCCUCACCUGAAUUUCCUAGCUCUCCUGUCAGGUGAUUUGGUCUGCAGCCACAGUUUGGAAAUAAAGGAGGAUAUUGCCCUCCAGAUACCAGGCACUCUAUUAUUCAAAUUAGGCCCCAGCGUUUUUCUUACAAUCCCCUUCUCAAUGAAUUAAUCAAUUUUAAUCGAGCAUGUAAAUUCUCAAAACUUUCUUAUUUGUUAAUUUGAGCAACUACUGCUCUCACUUCAUUAUAAACAAUAUUUCUACCUGCAACACACUUGAGCAAACCUGUUUCUCUUCCUUUCACAGAUAUUUUGUUUCCAUUUGCAACUGUAGCUGCCUCUGAUGAGUUAUCAUUUAACUCUUUGGGGGGGAUUAGCAUCAGACGUCAUGAAAGUUGCCAAAUCAAUUAACCAACUAGAAGGGUUACUGUUAAUAGCACUAGUUAUCGUAUUAUUUGAUAUUGCUGGAUAGUUUUGAUGAACAGCGAAAGCAUUUUUAGUUUGCUUUCUGUUGCCACCCUGAACUUUUCUUUAUUAGUGCCACUUUGUUUCGUACGAUUCCUUGAAAAUGAAGGAAAACAACUUUUCUCCUUGUAUAUGUUGAUAAUAUAAUUUUGGUAACUGAGAACAAACAAGAUUGUACAAAAACAAGAUUGGCUGCAGGCCUGGCUAGGACAUAGGCAUCCUGUGACAAAGGUGACCUGUGUGCUUGCUUGCUUGCUUGCUUAAUUAACAGCAGUUGGGAACUUCAAGGUCCCUGCUCUCCCUUCUUAUGGUCUUUAUAUUGGACCUGGAGACUCCAAUAGAGAGCAUUCCAUGUCAAGAAGGAGGGCAAGUGGGCACCCUAUCAAAUGAUAGGGCAGGAGCUACACGCAGCAGGGCCUUUUCACUGGUGGUGCCCAUAUGGCUAGCUCUUCCCAGACCUGCUUUCUUUUGGCCUGUAUUUUGGAGCUUUAUAAUUUAGGAAGACUUUGGAAGAACUGGUUGACAAGUUUUAUCAGUCACUGACGUAUGAGUGGAUUUUUUUUGCUGCUAUUCUGAGCUCCUGAUGCACCAGGGUUUACAGCAGCGUAAUAGAGUUGGCCAGGAUGCCAGAAGAGAUACAAUUUAUGAGCUUUCUCCAUUAUCUGCCCGGCAGGGGGUGUUCAGCCAACAGUGCAAAGGCUGAGAUGAAGCGUUUCCUGCUGGUUACCUGCUUUCAGCAAUAGGGGUCACUGCUUGAUAGUACCCGAUUGGUUAGCUGUCAGAUUCUAGAGCUCCCUAUUGGUGGCUCUUAGGUAAUUCCAAAAAUACAGAGUCCAUUAAUAAAACACAGUGUUCAUUCAUAAAUCAGUAACAUAAAUAUCCAUUGCUACAUAUUGAGUGUGUAUUUCAGCGGUUUAACAUGCAGGUUUAUGGCCAUGCUGUAGUGUAGUGCUUAUGAGACUGUGAAUAAAAGGUGACCGGGCUCAUCAUCCCGGGGUUUGGGGGGGGGGAGGUGACAAAACUGAUUUCCAACAAGUGCCUCCCUUUAUUUCCAUAACAAGUCCUUGAGUCUGUACUCUGAAUGGUGACACCAGGUACCUAGAAGGUGCAGGGCUUGUCAGUCCACCCCCUGCACAGUCUCAUCAGGGCUGACCUUAAGGCAAUUGGAGCAAUUUGGCCAAAUUGGGCCCCGCGGGCAGCUCCUAAGGGGGCCCCCACACCAGGGCAACCUAGAUGGAUUUUAUUUAUUUAUUUAUAUCUAUAAGAUUUUGCAGACUUUGGCUGUGAAUUGCAGCCGUACAAAAAAACACCUAAAGUUGGGCCCCACUGACUAGCCCUGAAUCUCAUAGUUGCUGGGCAUGAGUUGCCCUGCCCUUGCGUGAAGUCUUGGGUUUGCAGUUUUGGGAGAGGGGAGACUGUGGCACUGGGGAGAUGGCAGGCUGGUGCGGCCCCCUAGAUUUAGAGGCCCUAGGUUUCAGCCUACUUAGCCUAUACAUAAAUCCAGCACUGGGCAAAAUUUAGGCCACAACUUUAUUGAUUACAGAAUGUGAGCAGUAUUGGCUUAGGCAUUGGCAUCAACAGACUAUAUCUGAUUCCUGCCCGCCUUGCAGAGAGUCUGGUAAGGGCAAACCACCAGUAGGGGGAGCCCCACUGAUGUGGAUUGACUCGAGCAUCCCCUAGGUUCCUGCUGGGGUCGUGGCAUGGCCCUAGCCCCUCCCCGGGCUUCGGACAAGAUCCACACCCCCAGAUUCCUUUAACGGAAUACCCUUGAGCAUGGAGGGGCAGGUGAUGGCAGGGGUGAUUCCACGUCGCACUGUGGUUUAAAUUGAUUGGCCUGAUUGGCUGCUUGGCUAACUGGCAUGGCCGGGCCUCCCAAGUGUAAGGUGUGAUGCAGUCCCACCCCACACGCUAGGGGGGAGGCUUGGCAACUCGCCUGCAAUGUGUCCCCACAAGGAUAUGGAGCCGAUAUAUCAAUAUGCAACUCUGAAGCUAAACAAUACCCCAGCCCAACAGUCUGUUCAGCAGGCACAGCUUUUGUAGCUGGAGUCAGUCAGUGCCCUGCCCUCCCAGGCCAGGGGCAAAAAGGCCUGCAGGGCAGGAAGUAGAUCUUUCAGGACUCACAGGCAAGAAGGACUGGGUAGCUUUGGACUAGUCACUCUCUCUGGCUAAUACUACCCUAUCUUUCUGGUUUAUAUUGGAAUUUGAGGAAGGCGGCGGGGGGGGGGAGGAUAUCAGGUACUCCAAACUGAGCUCUUAAGAGAAAGAGUGGACUAAUAAUAAAUAGUAGUAGUAUUAGUGAGCUGCAAAGGUAGCUUUUGGGUAAAGUUGUGCUGCGAGUGUAGUGGCUGCUGGUGUACACGCAUAUCCAAUGCAAUUUUUCAUUUUCAGGUAUUUUCAGCUUUAAUAGAAAUCUUCUCUGUAGGUAGGUAACCUUACAUUUCUGGGAAUUCAGCAUCCAGACCUAUCAAUCUCGGGGAGAUUCAAAAUCUUCCAGCACAGACAUUUUGUGUGUGAAGGGCAGAUGAAACUGGCUUAUGUGCUUCAAGGACUCUAAUGCCCAGCUUCUUAUCAGUACUAACAAGGAAGUAUGCAAACUGUAUUUCUUCAGAGAAAUGGGAAAACCUGAAAUGUGUGGUACAACAAUGGAGAGACUAGCCAUGUGCUAUUGUAGUCAGAUCAUAAUCUCACCUAGGCUGUAUAUUAGACACAAAGAAAUAUAUAGCUAGUACAAAAAUUCAAUUGUACUUAUGCAAAAUUCAGCCAAGACCAAAUUGAUUCAACUGCGACUUUCUUAGAGUCAUCAAAAGGAAUGGCAUUCUUUGGUGCUUUACUGCUUUCAGUUUAGAUAUCAAUGAGGGACACAAUGGUUUACCAAUUAUCCUUUCAGGAGGGUGCUUAUUUAAAUUAAAAACAUUAUUACAUAUGCAACCGUUUAAGCGGUUAAAGAGAAUGGAACUUGGAAUAUGAUCAGCAUUCAGUGAAACAAUUCUCUACCUUUGGUCUUUGAAAGCAAUUCUUUGCUUUAUAAUUAUUUGGAGUCUGGGUUAAAGUAGCGACUCAAAGAAAUAUUAGGUAGCAGAACUUGCGGCAUGCAAAAUGUUGUCCCUGCUAAUUAAAUUUUCUUAGGUAUUUUCCUCAUUUGAUUACUUUAUGGUAUGAAGUUGUCAAAUUGCUUUUGAAAAGCACACUAUAAAUUAGAUAAACAGCAGACCAUAUAUACACAUCUUAUAGAUGAACCCUCCCCCCCCCCCACCACCCAGUGUUAUCAAAAGAACAAUGGGUCUUAUCUCUGCUUCUUUCUGUUUUAUAUGCCAAUAUAUUGCUGCUGGAAAUAUCAUACCCUAACAUUACGAAAUAUGUGAAAUGUCUUUCACAAUAUGUACAUGGGUAAAAUCAAUUUCAAAGAAAAUACCCACAUAUCAUAAAAUGUAAAUAUUUAAUAUCCCUUCAUAAUUUUAUUGGAAGGGUAGUCUGGUUGCCCUCUUUGGAUACUAUCCAAGCCAGUAGUUUUCCCCCUGUAGGAUGAAAUUCUGUAGUGGAAGAGGCUUCUUAUGUGGUCGAGCCAUUGCCUUUGUUAACAGACUUGGCUAGAGCCAAAAACUUAAAUAUCUCUUUGCAUGACUAAUGUGAACAAGCGAUUGGGUGCCACAGAAAUCACCAGAUACUUCCAAAAGAGGGGACACGUCUCUCCCCCAUUUUCUGGCUUGAGGCAAUGUUAUCAACAGUGUGAGAGAACAAUAGACAAGGACAAGUUUCAACUGGAGUUGGGAGAGAGAAGUUUCUGUCUUGCUUUCUGUGCUGAGCCCAAAGCUGUGCCUUGGGGACAGCAGCUAGAAAUCAAAUGGGAUAGCAAUAUAUGUUUGAGUGUUAAUGCUGUGAGCCCUUUUAUUUUAUGCUCAGCCUGCAUAUAUGUGGAAAUGAGCUACAUAGCACAAAGACCAAAGAGUCUCUAGUGCCCUUCAUUCUAAGGAAUCCAAACCUGCAGUAUGUCUUCAUAUCCCUGAAGUCUCUGCAUGCUUGGAGAUUGGGCUGUAGAAGUGAGAUUGUGUUUCCUGGAGAGCAAUCUGUGAACAAGGUGUGCUUAAGCUAAAAGGUAGGGCAUAAUAUCAACAUCCCGAGCAGCACAGGGAGUAACAUGACAGAGAUUUGAAAAGAAAAUGGAUUCAAUGUACCAGCUACGCGAAAUGAAGCACCAGAAUUCAAAGUCUGGGAAAAUCGUGCCAGAGGUUGGCAAGAUCAUACCAUAAAACUGAGGCCUUUCAUGUGCAGCUGAUGAAUGCUGUCCACAAAAUGCCCCAUGUCUUAUUGGGUGGGAUUGGGCCCCUUGGUGGGUGGGACCAGGCCUCUGCAUCCAUUAAGCAAACCCCAAAAGUGAAGGUCAUCCAGGGUCCUGUGAGUUUGGGGGGCAAAAUGGAAAGGUUUCUGUUUCUGUUUCUGUUUCUGUUUCUGUUUCUGUUUCUGUUUCUGUUUCUGUUUCUGUUUGGGCUUGUGGCUGACUGUGAGAAUAAGCAGAGUUAAAAUGUUCUUGCUGUCUGGCAGCUUCCUCCUCAUUAGCCUCAGUGUUGCCCUUGUCGAACUCUGCAGGGAGAAGGAUGGAAGCAAAUCUAAAAUUAGUUCACUUUGCCUGUCAUUGGUUCUGGCUCCACCUGUUGUUCUCCCUGCCUUCCCACCUUAGCAGUCUCAAUGGACAACAGAUUCACUGGGGGCACAAAACACUGUGAAUGAGGUCUUAGAAGAACCACUGCUCUUGGGGAACUUUUGUUUGUAUCAUAUGUGCUAAAGCAGUGGAUGAAAGUCUUUUUUUUAAGGGGUCUGAUUCCUGAAGUGUGUUGAUAGUGUUAAAUUAAACAGCCAAUCCAUUACUAGGCAAUCGCCCUUUCAGGGCAACCCACAAUUUAGUUUGCAUUAGUAAUUCACCAACUUGCCUAGAAAUAGACUGAAAUAUGGCUGAAAUUUCACUGUGGUAUUCUAAUUUUUAAUUUCCCACAAAUCUGAAAUGGAGGACGAAAACACCCAAAGGCUCUUUUCACCUUCCUACCUAUUGCAGACUGAAUGGUUUAUAUAUGGGAAAUAAGCUGUUUUACAGCAGUCCCUCAUGGAAGGUACUGGAAUCCAUUUUUUGCAGAAGAGGCAUAAAAAUGGCCAAAAUGUGAGCGGGAUGCGGCAGAAUGAGAAAAUGAUUUGUGCAUUUAGAGGCACAAUUGCUUCUUCCAAUAAUGACUUGAGGGGAACAACAUGGCAAAAAUCUGCAUUGGUGUUAAGACCAUGUUACUCCCAUAGAAGCAAUUCCUACCAAAGAAAAUGAACAGGAAAUAAAAGAGGGAUAUGAAUGAGAAAUGGGAUCCUCCUAAAUUGAGGGUCCUGGUUGCACUCAGGCGCCUUAAGCCACCCCCACGGGGUGAGUUGUUGCUAGGUGUGGCCCAAGCCUUGUCAGUUGGGCCCUGGGAUCUUGCCUGGCUGUUGUCGCUGCCCAACCACAACCCAAAAAUCCUUUUGUUGACCAAAAGGAUUAAGAAUCUUGGUUGCUGGAAGUCAGAUGCCUAUAAGGGUUACGUUUGUUAAUUUUCCUUGGAGCCUUUUCAGUUUUUACCUGUUUUCAGUUCGUUUUGGACUUUUACUGUUUACUUACCUGUUUGUGUUUCCUUUCUUAGUGUUGCCGGUGCUGCACGUCUAGAUCCUUGGCCAUAGUAUCGUGCACUGGGCCGACAUCUGAGCAGUUGAGACCAGCUUGAGGCGCGAUCUCACUUUAUCUGCUUGAGUAAAAGUUUCAUGGUUCACCAGGCAGGGGAUGCUCUGGAGGGGACUGUUGCCAUUGGUGAUUGCACGAGUGCCCUGUUUAGGUCCGCCAUCCAUGAACCUCAUACAGCUGGGUGAAAAUGAUUUGCCUGCAUCAAGAGGCAUGGUCUUAAGGUUCCGUAUCUAAAGGGAUUUGCAGGAGCUGGCCAUGUCUUGUCCCAACACAUUAUUUUUUUUGGUUUCCUCAUGAGGCGCUUUUGGUGCAAUAGCAUCAGCCCAGUUGCAACAAAUAAUGCCCGGAAGUGGGUAGACUGCAAGGUAGUGCAGAAGGUGUUAAUCCUGGAUGGCAGGGUGAUUCCCCAUCCAGGCAUUGCAUUCUCUAAUGCAGCCCUAUUUAGGGCAGAUGGAGUGCAUUUAUCUGAUGAAGGUAAUGAUAUGCGGUUGGCCGAAGUCCGCGAUGGCUUAAAGGACUGGUUGCGAGGUGAGGAUAUUGGCGGCGAGCGCUAGGCUCGUGUGGCGGUUAGGCAUUGGUUUAUAGAAAUGUGCAGGAGGGGAGGUGUGGCCAUCACCUGCCCCUCCAAAAUUAGGGUAUUCUGGUAAAGGAAUCUGGGGGUCCUGGAUCUCAUCCGAAGUCCACUUGAGGGGCUAGGGCCAUGCCAGGACCACAGGAACCCUGGGGUGAGUUUCAAUCAAUCUUCACCGAUGUUGCUCCCUCGUUUGCUGUUUACCCUUUCAGACUGCCAGCCAGAGAGGCUGGAGUCGAUAAUAGUCUCUGACCAAUGCCUAGGCCACUACCGCUCAAUUUGUUUUGUAAUCAAUAAAGUUGUGGCCAAAAUUUUGCCCCAAAACUUAAACUAAUAUUAUGUGUCCGUUUGAAUUUAUUUACUGGGGAAGGGCUUGGGGGUCUCGAGGUGCAAAGUACAGACCAUAUUACCAAAGAAGAAAGGGGAGAAGUGACUUUAAAUUCCACCCGACCACAUAGCUCACCAAAUGAUCUCUCAGCCUUACAGGCUUUAGAGCAUUGUUGCAAGGGUAAAAGCAUAUUUGAGAAUUAAAAGUGCAAGCAUAUUUCAGUACAUUUUAAUUCACUUUUUAAGGAUAUAAUUUAACUUGAUUAAUUAUUUUAAUUGAACUUCAGCCUUCAUGGGAAUUACUUUGAGUCUUCCAGUAUCAGUUAUGUACAUUUCUAUGGAGUAGUUGAAUUUUUUAGUGGAUGAUAUAAAACAAUUCCAAACAAAAUGACAUUUUUUCAAUAGACACCAUACUAACACUUCAGUUAUUCAGUGUAGCGGACAUAAAACAAAUACAAUACAAGACAGCAAAGUUGCAUUUCUAUACACAUUUCACAACAUUUAUAUUUAAUAAAUGCUUUACUACCAACCUACAAGACAUAUAUCAUUAUCUAGCAACAGGGUUCUGAUCUUAUAAUUUACCAAUAUUAACUUUUUUGUGUCUUAAUUUACCUCUUCAUAGCAAAAAUCUAUCUUUUUUGUCUUAUACCUGUACAAUGCUAAGGGCUAAAGAAAGAAAUAUAGUGUAUAUAAGCUCAAAAGAAUCUAUUUACUACUUUAACAUUUCUCAAGUCAUACAUUAACAUUUAGCAAGUCAUAAAGAAUUUACAUCUCUAAGCGAUUUGUGUGUAAUAGAGGUUAGCAAUAUGCAUAUCAUCCUGAAUAUGAGCAGCAUUUACAAAAUGAAUCCAGUCCACCUCAAAUUGUAAAUAGGUUAUACAAGUAGCAUUGCUCAACUAAUAAAACAUAUAUGGCCCCAAUAUAUUGUAAGAAAGUCGGAAGACUCAACUGGGUUUAAACAGGGCCAACAUGUUAUUGAUGCAACCAUAUACGAUUUGCAAAAGGGCUGGUAGUGGAUAAGCACACUAAGAAAAUCUAAUUCAGUGUG